AGACAGACACAAAAUUCUCAUAAGAAAAUGCCAACCAACCAACAUAAUCAGAGAAUUGUUCAAAAAAUAAUUUUCAUUAAUAACUAACCAAAAGAUUAUACUUUUAAUCCCAUUAGUAAAAUUAUAAAACUUACAUCUUUAUAUUAAAUUAUUUGUAAAUAUGUGUCUUUAAUCCGAAAGUUAUGUGACUCACCAGCAGCAAAAUUAUGACAGCAACUUUCGAGCUCUUUUGAAUAGUUAUAUGAAUUAAAUAUCUAAUAAAUAUGUCUGAAAGAAGAGGCACUAAAGCUUUGGAAUUAUGGUGUAAAAGACUGGUAAAAGAUUGCCCUGAAGUACAAAUAGAUAACAUGACUACAUCAUGGCGAAACGGCAUUGCUUUUUGUGCUCUGGUUCACCACUUUAGACCAGACUUAAUUGACCUAUCUAAAUUAAAACCAGAAAACAUUUAUGAAAACAAUCAACUGGCUUUUAGUAUAGCAGAAAAACACUUAGGUAUCCCAGCACUACUUGAUCCUGAAGAUAUGGUAGAGAGUGAAGUCCCUGACAGAUUAUCUAUAUUGACUUAUCUUUCACAAUUUUAUCAACGUCUAGGCCACACAGUAAACACAAAGUCUUCAGAAGCUGAAUCCAAGGCAACAUCGACAUCAUCAACAUCCACAACUCCCAUCAAGUUUGGCAAGUCUGGACUUGAUAAGUGUGCUGCAUGUGGUCUGCCUGUGUACUUGGCACAACGUCUUAUUGUAUCUCACAAACUUUACCAUAGAAGAUGUUUCCGUUGCUCUAAGUGUUCUGGACACAUGAAUCCAAAGAAUUUUGAUAUUAUUGAUGGAUCUGAAUUUACUUGUGAUAGUUGUAAAAACGAAAAAAGUUUGCCUAAAUAUUUGAAUAACAAUGAUAAUGAUCAAAUGGGAAUGUUAGCAUUUAAUGAAGAUUCCCAAACAAAACGAUCUGAAAUUCUAAAAGGACAGUCCAUUAGUUCUAAGCAGAAGGCGAGGCCAUUGUCAAUUAUUGAAAAAAUAAAUCUAUUUGAAAAGAAUUCAGACAAAGAAAAAGACACUGUUACUGAUAAAAUUAGUAAUUUAUCUUUAAAAGAUAAUGUAGAUAAUAGUAUUAUUAAUGUAAGUGCACCAAGUAUAGAUAGCCCUACAAAAGACAUUAACAUUCAAUCUAACAUCACUUCUAACACAGAUACUGAUACUACUGAAGCUAUUAAAGAUAAGACAAUUAGUGUAAAUUAUGAAAAUAUGUUACAUCAUGAUUUACCCCCAAAAGUAUAUAAAAGUAACAUAAAUAAAUUUAACUUUUUACAAACACAAUUAUCUGACACUGUAUGUAAUGAUAUACCAAUAGAUGAUAUGAAACCUGCUGAACCUGUAAUUAUGCACAAUACUGAAGACUGUUCUAGUGAUACAACAUUAGAUGUAGAAAAUGAAACAAAAUGUGUUAGUAGCUCUGACAAAAAUGAUGAUAUAAAAAGUGAACAUGAUGUAAAAGAAGAAAGUAAUGUAACUGACGAAUCUAGACUAGCGAAAGUACAACAAAUGUCAUUAGUUGAAGAUAAAAAUGUAUCAGAUAUGAAUUUAGUGACUGAAUCUAUAAAAAAUGAAUCAGAUAUCAAUUUAAUGAUUGAAUCUAAAAAAAAUGAAUCAGCAAUGAAAAAUGGGCAAGAAGUAAAUAUAAGUGUACCUCCUAGAAGAAAGAAACAAGCAAAUAAAUCUGUACCUCCAAUAACAAAAGAUGAAAAAAUUAAAGUUCAAUAUCCAGACCAUUUAAAUCCUUUUUCUGAUGAUGAAGAGGAAUCAGCUCCUCCACUAACUUCGAAAAAAGUUAGCACUAACCCUUUUGGAAGCAGCGAUGAAGAAAAUGAUGAUGUUCCACCUAUACAAACUCUUCCUAAAUUACCAAGUAACCAACAAGGAAUGCCCAUAAAACGGCUUAUAACAGCUUAUAAUCCAUUCUGGUCUGACGGUGAAGAACCAUCAUCAGAAGAUGAUGACACACAUACAUACAAGUCUUCUUUGGCGGCUAGCACGCCUAAUCUUCAAUCGAGUACGCCGCGCCGUAAGAAAGCACAUGCACCGCCACCGCCGCCUGUCAUCACGGUCUCUCCCACUCAUAUAGAACACCCCUCCACCUCUUUGGACGACGUUGCUAGUAUCUCUUCGCAUAGCUCCUACAACUCUACUAUACAUUCGGAUCAAAAGUCAUGUGGAGUAUCUACACCAAGAUUGAAGAAGAAGCGAUUGGCACCGACAACUCCCGACAGUCUAUCCACGAUAUCGGGUUGCGGUUCUCUAGACAAGGGCAUGGAUUCUUCGGGCCUGCGCUCCAAUAUCUCUGACUCAAGUAGAAAAACAAAAGGUCCAGCUCCCGGACUACCACUGCCCGAGAGACGUGAGGUGAAACUUCAAAUGUCACCUGAAGAACUACAGAUACAAUUGGACUUACUAGAGACACAGCAGCUCGGCCUCGAGCGACAGGGCGUACUCAUCGAACAGAUGAUACGGGACAAGUGUGAGGGCGAUGAACCGUCUACAGUGCCACAAGAGGAAGUCGAAGAUUUAGUAAUACAGCUAUGUGAGCUAGUCAAUGAGAAAAAUGACCUGUUCAGAAAACAAACGGAAUUAAUGUAUAUUCGUCGACAGCAGAGAUUAGAACAAGAACAAGCUGACAUUGAGCAUGAGAUCAGAGUAAUACAAUCGAGACCGGCGGUCAAUCGUAUCGAUGCUGAUAAGGCACGGGAAGAACAGCUCGUGUCCCGUUUAGUGGAGAUUGUGCGCAUGCGCGAUGAAUUAGUACAGCAAAUAGACUCGGAACGUCGCCGCGAGAGACAAGAGGACCUCGCAAUAGCGACCUCGAUCGCUACUAAAAGAGCGCAAAGAAAUAGCGAAUCGAACAGCUCGUCUAUGAAAUCUGUCGAAAUUGUGGCGACACCGAAAAAAAGCAAAGUAAAAGAUAAAGUCAAGAAGCAGUUCAAGAAGGCUAAACAUACUCUUAUGCCUAAGAAAAAAGAAGACGGUACUGACCGAAAAGAGGAGAAAUCCGAAAAAGGGAAUAAAUCAUAAUA